UAAAAUAAACGUCGCAAGUUCAAGUGUGCGUCGUUUAAUAAACGAUUUUUAUUUUUGAUUUUCUUUAAAUUGUUUGUAAAAGACAAAUUAAACCGUCAAAAUGGGGAAGGGUUUUAAUAAUUACAUGACCAAGAAGUUUUUCCAUCCGUCAAGUAAAGAAAAUAUCAAACGGGUAUGGAUGGCACAGCAAAAAACAGAAUUUGAGAAAAAGAAAGAAGAAGAUAUGGUUGCUCAGUAUAGAAAGGAACAAGAUAUGUAUGAAAACAGGGCUUUACUGGGAGAUGAGAAAGCUAAACUUGGAUUAAGUUUUAUGUAUGAUGCCCCACCUGGUUUGAAGAAAGCAGAAAAAGAGAAAGAAGAAGGCGAACCAGAAUACAAGUUUGAAUGGCAGAGAAAAUUCAAUGCUCCAAGAGAACAAUAUGCCAAGAAUGAUGAAACAAUUCGUGACCAGCCAUUUGGUAUAGAAGUACGCAAUGUCAGAUGUAUUAAAUGUCGCCAGUGGGGCCAUGUUAACACAGACAGAAUAUGUCCAUUAUUUGGAAAAGAUCUUGCUGCAGAGCCUGAACAACCAAAAACAAGUGCCUCAUCUUUAUUAGAUUCCAUGAGAGAGGAUGGUUUUACACUUAAGCAAUCAUUGUUGGGAAAAAUGUCUGAUCCAAUGGCAGAUAAUGAGCAAAUGUUACCAAGUGAGGAUGAGGAGGAUCCAGAAGUGAAGUUUCUAAAGUCUCUGUCUGCUAAACAAAAGAAGAAAUUGCUCAAGAAACUAAACAGACUUCAACAAGGGCAAUCUAGUGGUAAAGUUGAGAAAAAGAAAAAAAAGAAGAGAAAGAAAGAACAUAAACACAAAUCAGGGAAGAAAAGGAAGGAGGAGGACAGCUCAGAAGAGUCAGAAGAUGGACACAGGAAGAAAUCAAAGAAAGUUACAAAACAGUCCUCAGGUUCAAGUGAUUCAGAUACAGAUGAUGAAAGGACCAGAAAGAAAAAGCACAGCAAUAAUGGAAAUCAUACAUCCACUAUGAGAAAUUUACCUUCACCAGAACACCUGCAUAGAAAUAGUGGUAGACAAAAGCAACGAGCUGACAGUAGAGAAAGAGACUAUUAUAUGGAAAAGCAGCAAAGUAGAGAUCAUUUUAAUGGCAGACAGAGAGACAGAAGGGGGGAAAGUCCUGAUAGAAAUAGAAGGGGGGAAAGUCCUGAUAGAAAUAGACAUAGAAGGGGGGAAAGUCCUGAUAGAAAUAGGUAUAGAAGAGGGGAAAGUCCAGAAAGUAACAGACAUAUAAAAAGAGAAAGGUCAGAAUAUGAUAGUAGAAAUAGAAAAAUUAAAAGAGAAAAAGCAGAGUUGGAUGAAAGAAGGCAAAAUGGAUCUAGAGAAAGAAGUAGAUCUAGAGAAAGGAGAAACAGAGAUGGUAGAAAAAAAGAUGAAGAUAAGCAUAGAUAUAGAGACAGAUCAGAUUCAUCAGAUGGAAGAAGAAUAAAUCAAUAUGAUAGAGAAAACCAAAAAGAAGUUAAAUCUAGGUCAAGGAGAAAUGAGAGUUCCUCUCAAUCUUCUGAAAGUGACAGUUCUGUUGAAAGAAAGUCUAAACGCCAUAAUAAAAGGUCAGACUCACCUAAACAGAGGGUAGUAAAGAAAGAAAAUAAUCAGCGUAAUGACAAGGAAUUUGAGAAGAACCGGUCACAAGGAAAAUCUGAAAAAUACAAAAAGGACAGACGUCGACACUCCUCAGAAAGGAGAAGAAAUCGUAGCAGUUCUGAAUCUGGAAACUACAGUUCAGAUUGAUAAUUACAGUUAAAAGAAUAAAAAAAUGUUCCAAAUAGAAUGAAUUAUCUCUUUAAAAAAAAAUAUGUGUAAAUAGUUUUUUAAAUAAUAAAAUUUGUUUGACACUGAUAUAUUGUCAUUAAAGUCAUUAUUUAAUUACA